AACACCGGCUGCCUUUUAGCUAUGACUAUCGCCACCACUGAAUCUCCUCUACACUCAUCACCAGCGCUGGGAUGGCUGUCGUGGGUGAGGCUGCCAGCAUCGCAGGACUGGCUGCACUGGCCGGCCAAGCAAUUCAAGCCGCUUCAUCACUCUACUCUUUCAUCAAAGCUUACAAGAACAUUCAUCCCACCAUAGAACGGGUUGCUUCAAUCCUACAAGCAUUGCAUACUUGUUUGAGCGAUGUGCGAAGGAUUGCCUUACACGCUGAUGAUGUGCAUGGUCAUCACCAUCCAGAGGUUGCUGAGAUAUUUUCUUCAAUCAAGUGUUGCUACGACCUUUUUGACCAAAUCGAACAGCGGCUUGAUCCCAUUAAGUCUCGCGUGCGAAGAACCAUAGGCAAAAAGCUUAAGAUUGCAGCCAACGCUGGUUACUUCCCUUCGAUUUAUCAACAACUUUCAAUGCAGCAUCAACGUCUUUCGACCUUGCUGAUCACGGCGACCUGGUUUACCAACAUCGAGACUCUUGUCGCUGUUGGAAAGCUCAAUAUCACGGCCACCGAGAUUCAAGAUGUUCAAAUACAGUCCACACGGCAAAUCGGAAGCCACCUUGCUUCGAUGGAGUCUCUACUACAUUUGGAAGUGGCACAAAAUGCAACAUCAGAGUACCUCCUGCAACAAAAGCUGGACGCCAUAUUGCGAACAACCGCUUCAGGAGCCACGCAAAAUCAACUUGCCGCCAUCGAGGCUAGGCUGGCCUCAUUACAGAUCCAAUGCCUGCAAUCAAUUGACACGGCUCAAUCAGACUCUCUUGCAUCAAUAUCAUCACAUAACGUGCAAGCCUCGGACCCACAUGAAUCGAUCGCAUUGGAUGCUUUUCGAAGCUCACCUUCACCGACUAUCAAGGAAACAACAGAGUCCCUCAUGACAGUUGUGGAUACUGCCCUGGUGCUAAGGGUACAGCGCGGCCAAAUAACGUACGGCCUGCAACCAGAGGAAGAUACAGUCUUUGCAGCCCUAUCAAUACCGCAGAAGAAAGUCGUGGUGCAGUAUCUUCAGUGCCUGAGGCUGGUGAUCUGGCUCCUGCGCAAGGAGAAUUACAUGAUGGUUGCAAGCCGCCAGGGUCCGCGGCCUUGGCCCUCACGCUUAUUGAGAGAAGCUUCGAUGAGUUCCUCAGCAGAACUCACGCAUGAGAUUGAGGUCUAUAACAUGCGCUAUCAACGUCCCCAACCCCAGCCUGCUCCGCUUAAAACUUGGAGCCUUGCAUGGGCCGACAUGAGAGCUUUCAUACGAAUGGUGUGCAUGAUGGAACGAAAACUGGAAUGCACAAUCACCGCCAUCUACGACGAUCUAGAUGCAAGUUACUUUACCCCCGCCAGGAAGAUAGGGUGGGACCAAUGCUCUGGCAUCGACUCGAUGCCAAACAGCCUAUUUGGUGUCCUAGCAAUCGCCGCUCCUACUCACUAUAUCGAAGCUGCAGUACUUACCAGCGCCGCUGCAUGCGGUCAUGACUAUGUACCAGUAUGGAGUAUCGAGAAGGCCAUCAAUGACACUGUCCCACGGCUCUCUGCGAGCCUGUUGAUGGCUGAAUCUCUGCAAGGAGCCUCUCUUCUGGAUUCACCCUGAUGGAACCCGCAAAAUGCUGUAAUAUAGACAUAUUUGCGCUCAGCUACCGCGGCCGGCUCACCGAAUUUCGCGGACUCCGCGUAGGAAGUCAUGAAGUACUAGUACUAUGGCGCACACGUCAGUGAUAACUAGGGGAUCCCGUAAUCGGAUAGGGGUCCAAUGAUGGGAAGCUCGCAAGGAUUCCUGAAAGAACUGGCGCUGGUCGUGGUGUUCAGGAUUAGUAUUGUCCCGAACACGACGGAAGAAGAACCGAAACGAACAUGGAAAAUUCCAAGCUUUGAAUCUUUAUAUGAG